AAAAUUAUUAAUAAUAAUUAUUUUUUAUAAUAAUAUAAAAGGAUAAAAAGCUAAAAAUAAUCGAUCUAAGUAAAAAUCAGUGAUUUACUGAACGGUGGACAGAUUAAGACUAUCAAGCCGUUCACGUACCGCAUCUGAUGAUCGGUAAUAAAUGAUGAGAUUAUUUUUCCGCACGGUCGCAGCGCUCAUGCCAUCCUAUUGGCGAUUUCCCAUUAUAAAAUUCCAUUUCAUGAGGGUUGUAUCUUCGCCGCCCUUCACUCAAUCUCUGGCUCUCUGAAGCCGGAGUUCUACCCCUCUCCUUCUCUCUCCCGUCCGCUUCGGAAGCGGAGAAAUCCCUCCUCGAUCUCAGCGCCAUCGGCGUCGCGAAAGGUUUAAUAUAAAGUAUGGCUGAUGCCGAGGACAUUCAACCCCUUGUCUGUGACAAUGGAACAGGGAUGGUGAAGGCUGGAUUUGCUGGAGAUGAUGCUCCCAGAGCUGUUUUCCCAAGCAUUGUUGGUCGGCCCCGCCACACUGGUGUCAUGGUUGGGAUGGGACAGAAAGAUGCAUAUGUUGGUGAUGAGGCCCAAUCCAAGAGAGGUAUUCUGACUUUGAAAUACCCUAUUGAGCAUGGAAUUGUUAGUAAUUGGGAUGAUAUGGAGAAGAUCUGGCAUCAUACCUUCUACAAUGAGCUCCGUGUAGCACCUGAAGAACAUCCAAUUCUUCUCACUGAAGCCCCUCUGAACCCCAAGGCCAACAGGGAAAAGAUGACCCAAAUAAUGUUUGAGACAUUUGAUGUCCCUGCCAUGUAUGUUGCUAUUCAGGCUGUCCUCUCCCUUUAUGCUAGUGGACGUACCACAGGUAUUGUGCUGGACUCUGGUGAUGGUGUCAGCCACACAGUUCCAAUCUAUGAAGGCUAUGCACUUCCACAUGCUAUCCUUCGGCUUGACCUUGCUGGUAGAGAUCUGACGGAUGCCCUCAUGAAGAUUUUGACUGAGAGGGGAUACUCCUUCACCACCACAGCCGAGCGUGAAAUUGUUCGUGACAUCAAAGAGAAGCUUGCGUAUGUGGCCCUUGAUUAUGAGCAAGAGCUCGAGACUGCCAAGAGCAGCUCAGCAGUUGAGAAAAGCUAUGAGCUACCAGAUGGCCAGGUCAUCACAAUCGGGGCUGAGCGCUUCAGGUGCCCUGAGGUGCUCUUCCAGCCUUCGCUCAUUGGUAUGGAAUCCCCUGGUAUCCACGAGACCACCUACAAUUCUAUCAUGAAGUGCGAUGUUGAUAUCAGGAAAGAUUUGUAUGGCAACAUUGUGCUUAGUGGAGGAUCCACCAUGUUCCCGGGCAUCGGUGACCGUAUGAGCAAAGAGAUCACUGCACUUGCUCCUAGCAGCAUGAAGAUCAAGGUGGUGGCACCGCCUGAGAGGAAGUAUAGUGUCUGGAUUGGAGGGUCCAUCUUGGCUUCUCUAAGUACAUUCCAACAGAUGUGGAUAACAAAGGCAGAAUAUGAUGAAUCUGGCCCGGCCAUUGUUCACAGGAAGUGCUUUUAGAUGUUCAUUUGGGUUUUGGUUUUGCAUCUUUAUGUCUGGUGGUAGUAGAUGCUAUCUGACUUAUUUUCCGGUUGGUUGGUCAAUUUUUCGUUUGAUAUAAAUAUAUAUACAUAUAUAUAUAUAUAUAUACUUUUGGUUGGGGUAGGGGGGGGUCAAGGGAGUUGUCGACUGUUUUCGUUACCUUGUCAUAUCAGAUAUACUGUUAUCUUUAUAUAUCGGGUGUGUACCUGUACAAGUAGGUUGGAUUGGCAACCCUGCAAGUGAUGUUUAUUUUGUAUCUCAAUUUGUUGUUUGGUUUA